UGCAGAGCUGCUGCCAGAGGGACACGGAGGAGCCUCCAAAGAACUUCCUGGUGGCUGCCUGAGCAAAGCUCUGCCAACCUGUCAGUCCAGCCAUGCAAGAAGAGAGGGAGAGAGACAGAGCAAAAGAAAAGAGGGAGUGAAGCAGAGAUUCUUUCAAACCUCAGCGGGACAUUAAGAUUUCCAAUGAACAAAGAAAACAACCCCUGGCACCUUCUGUAAGCUGAGGCAGAGAUGAGGAAGAUGAAUGACCAAAGUGGCUGCUACAGGCCGGUAAAUAUCCAGGGAAACAAGGUCAGUUACCGCGGCGCCUGUCGGGAAAGCCCGGAAAAGGAGGUGAAAAGGCUGCAGAAGAGGUUUCUCCACAAGGAUGGCAGCUGCAACGUCUACUUCAAGCACAUCUUUGGGGAGUGGGAGAGCUACGUGGUGGACAUCUUCACCACGCUGGUGGACAUCAAGUGGCGCCACAUGUUUGUGAUUUUCUCGCUGUCCUACGUGCUCUCGUGGCUGUUCUUCGGCCUGGUGUUCUGGCUGAUUGCCGUCCAGCACGGGGACCUGUUCAGCGACGAGGAGGUCACCCCCUGCGUGGCAAACGUGCACAGCUUCACGGGAGCCUUCCUGUUCUCCCUGGAAACGCAGACCACCAUCGGGUACGGCUACCGCUGCGUGACCGAGGAGUGCUCGCUCGCCAUCCUCAUGGUGAUCCUGCAGUCGGUGCUGAGCUGCAUCAUCGACACCUUCAUCAUCGGGGCGGCCUUGGCCAAGAUGGCCACGGCCCGCAAGAGGGCCCAGACCAUCCGUUUCAGCUACUACGCCGUGGUUGGGCUGAGGGAUGGCAAAUUCUGCCUGAUGUGGCGCAUCGGGGACUUCCGGCCCAACCACAUGGUGGAGGGCUCGGUGCGCGCGCAGCUGCUGCGCUACAGGGAGGACAAGGAGGGGAGGAUGACCAUGGAGUACCGGGACCUGAAGCUGCUCAACGACCAGAUCAUACUGGUCACACCAGUCACCGUUGUCCACGAGAUCGACAGCGACAGCCCCUUGUACGGCCUGGACCGCAAAGCCCUGGCCAAGGACAACUUUGAGAUCUUGGUGACCUUCGUCUACACGGGUGACUCCACGGGGACUUCCCACCAGUCGCGGAGCUCCUACGUGCCCAGAGAGAUCCUGUGGGGCCACAGGUUCAACGAUGUCCUGCACGUCAAGAAGAAGUACUACAAGGUGGACUGCCUGCAGUUCGAGGAGACCACGGAGGUGUACGCCCCUCACUGCAGCGCCAUGCAGCUGGAGCGCAAGGAGCAGGAGUGGAACCGCGCCGAGAAGACGCGGGAGAAGCAAGCGGAGAAGCCAGCCCUGGAAAUCAAGUCCAACCAAAAGUCCUUCAGCGCUGUUGCCCUCGUCACCAGUUGUGAGGAUCCUGAAGAGCCAGUGACAGCUUCCAGCCAGCCUCCUGGAGAGGUUUCCUACAGGAAAGCUGCUGUGACCUUGAGCAGGCUCUCCAUAGAGUCCCAAAUCUGACUUUCCCUGCUGUUAAAGCCCCUCCCAACAAUUCCUCCCCUCGUGGCUCCUCGAACACAGACAGCAGGCUCGUGUGCAGCAGUAUUUAUGUCCCAGACCUCGUGGCCACGCUGUCACACACCGUCACACCCUGCUGGGCUGCGGGGACAGCUCUGCGCUGCGGGAACGAGGGAGCAGCUUCCACUUGGGAUGUCCAGAGAGCCCCUGCACUGGAGCAAACCCUGGUGAACUUCCUUCCCCUGCAGGGACCAGGGCUGGCCGUGCCCAGAGAUGCAGAACAACCUCGGCAGGGCACACUAACCAUGCCCUGUGCCCUCUGGGGAGGGGUUUCCAAGCUGCCUCGUUGGUUUGGAAAGCCCAUUCCAGCCCCUCCAGGAGGUUCUGGAGCUCCAUUAUCCCAACAAGUGAUUCCUCAGAUCCAGCCUCAUCCCAGAGCUCCUCUGGGGAAUCCGUGGGGCCGUUCUUUGUAAGACAAAGGAAUGACUGACCCCAGUGCUCCUGGGUGGCUUUGGACACCUGCUCACAUCCUGCCCAGUCCUGUGGGACCCAGAGUGGGAUCCUGGAGAGCUUUCAUCCCUAAUCAUGAACCAUUCCCUGAGGCGCUGUUCCCUCAGCAGCUGGAGGGAUGCAGGAGGUCAAAAAAUAAAAAAAAAAUCAAAACAAGACCUCUGGUUUUAAAUCAGCAGAAUCAGAUUGAGCCUUGAGGAGGAGAUCAUGUCUGGAGUGAUCUGUGCAGUAUUUGAUAUCAAAUCCUCUUUCAUUUCAUUUCGCUUUUCUUUUCAGCGUGUUGCACUUCCUUGCAAAGACAAAGAUCAAUCUGGAGAGCAAACAGGGUGAUUUUGUCAUAAUGAAAAGUGCUUGUCUCAGAUGGCUGUGUUAAAAUGAUCCUUCACAAGAAAUCCAACAACUCCGACUCAAACUGGGGGGAAAAAAAAGGAAAACAUUGAUGCUCUGAAGGUGUCUGUGACGUGGAAGUUCCGUGCUCUGCACGUCUCUGUAAUUAUCCAGUGAGCAAUGCCUCAUCAUGCUCUUGCCCCUGAUGAUUGCAGUUCAUUUGCGUUGUGUUUAAUUACCCUGCAAACGUAAAAUAAUCAUAUCGGAGUUGCUGGGGUUGAGCUCACCUGACCUUAGCAGCAACGAAAUUCAGUGUUUGCCUGCUCUCUGUGGUUCCUGGAACUCUUCAGUCUCCACAGGAGAGUUCACUCCACCUUCCUCUGGUUUUUCAGGAUGAGUUUAUCCUGGAAAUGUUCAUCCCUCUCCAUUUAUUGCUGACGGAGAUGAAACGACUGCUGUGGAAAUGCUGGCUAACUUUAGGCUGCUAAAAUUAGGUCUGACGAGUCAUUCACAUCAUUCUGACUAAUUAAUUGGGCUUUUAUGAGCUCAUCACGUUUAAUGAAGAAAAAAAUAGCCUGCUAAGAGGCUUUUUUUUCUUUUUUUCUUUUUUUUCCCCCCCCUGCAAUUUACUCCAUGUAGUAGUAGGAUUGCUGGAUUAUUUCAAUGUAUUUCUCUUUUGCUAGCACUUGUCUCUGGAUAAACAUGAUCCCUUUAGGUAAAGCUGAAGCCUGGGGGGUGUUAGUUAUUCCAAAACUCAUUAAUUAGCCCAUUUUAUAUGCUGAUUCAUCAGCAGCAACCACUUAUAAGUGCAGUAAAAACCAUCUUGUUGUAUCCUGGAUUUAAACACUGGCAGACAUGGGGGAAAUAGUCUAGAAAAAAAUGGAAAGGAAUGUAGGAAAAUGUGGAAGAGUCUCAGCACUUCUGUGGUGUUGGAAAAAACACCAUUGGGAUUGAAUAAAAUAGAAUAUCACCUUCCAGACAUGGGAAUUAACCCUUCCACUCCCCUCAGAUCCUGGCUGGGAUGCUUUUAUUUAAUGCUGGGCACAACUUUUUGGGAAAGAUGUGGAGAAAUUGGAAGGGAAUGGGGAGAUGUGGAAAAGCUGUCGGUGAGGAAGAAGGGAAAUGGCCUAAAAAGGGCCCUAAAAAGGGUUGGGAGGCAAAGAGCUCUCAAACACAGAAAUUGCAUUGGGAGAGAGGGAAAUCUGGGGCUGGGAGAGGAUGGGACAGGAAAAAAUGGGAUUACACUGGGGGAAAAAUAAUUAGGAAAUGCAUAACGAGGGUGAGGGUGACAGAGAUGAGGGUUAACCUCUGUGGUGGCUCUGGGGAGCCUGGUGGAGGAGGAAACAGUGAAAGAAAGGCCACCCUGGAGCUUCCCAAGCCGUGGUUUCCACACAUGGAAUGUCCCACAUGGACACAGCUGCUGCUCUCACCCUCCGUGUUCACCUCAUCCCAGAGUGACGGCACCCAGAGGUGAGAUAUCGCUGAGAUAAGUGACCAAAACCCCCACAUUCCUUCCCCAGGUGCCAAUUCCAGGUGCUGGCUGCCACAGCAGCUCCCCUGAGGAGCUGGGGAGCUCAGCUGCCUUCCCUUCCCCAAGCUCUCCUCCCUGGGAGCCUCCGGACAGAAAUUCUUCCUCUGGAAAGGCUUUGCUGGAAGUGAAAGCACCGGGAGUCUGAUUUGGGGAUUUGUCCUGUGGCUUUUGGCACAGAGAGAUGCAAAUAAUAAAUGCAAAUAUGUGAGUAUGGCUGGUAAGGUGUGCCUGGCUCAGCUGAGGAGGGCCAGGAAGAAACUUCUCCCCUGGGCAUGUUAAUUCAUAAAAAGCUGCUUUAUAUUUUCUUCUACUUUUAUCUCCAACCUCUGAUCCCAGCCCGUGCUGGAGAACCACUGCUCUCAACCAGCCUGGCUUUUUUCUCUUUGCUACUUUAAUUUCAUUUAUCCCAGUACAAACACGAUGUAUAAUAAUGAUGAAUAGCAAAGCAUGCAGUUAUUUUUAUUUUUAUUUUUUAAAUGAAUAAAAACAUCGAAAUAAAGAACAUUCCUCUGCCACACA